AUGGAACCACGCGUCUCGAAUCUGCUCCUCUCAGAGCAGUCGCCCACCGACCGCCAUGACAUUGAUAUUCAGACUGUCGCUAGUGGCUCGUUCGGCGCUGUCUUUCCAACAACAGCAUUGCCUGCCAUUCGUCCGCUUCAUGAGGACCAGGUAUUCGACGCAAGACCAUAUACAAAUGAGAUUGACAGCCUCACCCUACCUGAAAUCGAUUGGCAGGCCUUCACUGCUUCAUUGAACCCGCAGCAAUCCACGUCGGACCAGUUAAUCGCACAAAAUGCUCAAAUCACAGCACAAGAGCAGGCGGAGUCGCGAGCAAAGAAGCCUGCGAGGUCAGGCGCACCUAUAGCUGAGGUGCUGAAUCAAGCUUCACCUAUCGUCACAAAUGCUCAGAAAGCGGAGAGUCGAGAACCGGAACCUCGGAAGCGACGAAGGCUGGAUCCAUCGGAGGCGAGAACGCUUCCUAAACCAUCGCCUGCGGCAAAAAAGAGCCAUGAGCGUCAGUUGUUGCCACCACUUCUAGCGCCUCUUCACGAGCCUCCGCCUGAUGCUGCGUUAAUUCCGUCCAUGACCACAGAGGUCUUAAGAGCACCUAUGACCACAGUCGCCUCCCGUGAAUUAAACCACGAUGAGAAAAAGCCGGCAGCUGUUUCUAUGAAACCCAGUUGUCCGGAAAAGGUGACUCAAAAGCAACCAGAAGAAGCACAAAUCUCUCAGCCGACCAAGACAAGGAGAGUACGACAUAAUUGGACUGAGGGCGAGACUUCAGAUCUUUUACGAGGAGUUUCCCAAUUCGGUAUAGGCAAUUGGAAGAAGAUUCUCGAUUGUCCUGAAUACAAAUUCCAGAAUCGGACAGCAGUGGAUCUAAAAGACCGAUUUCGAACUUGUUGCCCGGAAGAAUAUCGAAAAGUAGGAAAGGCAGAUGCCGUUUCGAAAGAUGAAUCAGAUUUUCGGACUGUGGAAAGCCUCCCUACAAGAUCCAAUCAGAAGGACACUAUAAAGUCUAACGAAGCAGAUCGGCCAAGCAAAUUUGAACAUAGAUUGCCAGAUGAGCUUGCUCGUCUUGGAAUAUCUGGGCCGUUCCCUAAAGCACAAAGAAGAGCACGACGAGGCUUCACAGCUGAAGAAGACAAUGCUAUACUCCGAGGCUUUGAAAAGUAUGGCGCCAAAUGGACAAAAAUACAAAGUGACCCGGAGCUUGGUCUAUCAUCUCGGAGCAGGACAGAUCUUCGUGAUCGCUUCAGAAAUAGAUUCCCUGAAAAGUUUGUCGAGACCGGGCAUAAGUUUAAGCAGAGAGAUGCUUUCCUCUUGAAAGAGAACAAUGAAAGCGAGGGAGCGAGUCAGAUUUCGUCCGAGCCUGUGCCUGUGUCAAACACUUCUCAGUUAGAUGCGCAACACGCCACGGCAGUGGCAGCCCAGGAUUUCAAUUUGGGCCAGCAUUCCUUAAAGCUGCUUACAACUUCAAUAGCAGAACCUACUUACUUCGCCGAGUUUGGUGAUAUCACAUCCGAAACAGGUGAACCGGGACCGAUUACCCUUAGUCGCAACAUUUUCGACUGGGCCAAUCAAAAUACGCGUUCGCUGACUAGCACAUCAUCAGCACGUGCGGAUCCCAAUGCGAACUCCUUCGAAUUAUCUAACACAAUUACUACAAUGGACCAAUUCCAUAUCAACCCUAUGCUAGCUCUGAAGGUCCCUCAUCAUGCACCACCCACCCUUCACUCAGGUUUUCGUGAUGGCUCAACGGCUGUAGCUCCCUCGAAUCUGUUUCCACAGCUCCCGCUCUCUGGUAUUCUCAAUGGCCCCGUCAGCUUGCCAUCUGCUGCUGAAUUAGUUUCCGGUUUAGAGGCAGAUGGUAAUACGUGA